AUGGCCUUCAAGGAGUCAGAACUAGCAGAUUCCAAAAUUUACAUUAUCCGGCACUUAUGUGAAGACAACGAGCAACCAACCAACCAACGACCAAACAAUCUCAACAGACUCAACUCAUUAUUCACCAAUCAUGAACAAAGCAGGAUCUGCACUCCUCCAAUUGCUCUCUUAUCUGAUCCUGCAACAACUCCAGCCGCUUGGAGAAUACCUCCAACUCCAAUAUAUGUUGCUUCCUCCACCUCUCAUUGGCCGCCGCAAAACCUAAUGGCAGUGAGCUUCGCGUCAGCUCAUACACAUGCUGCCCACAGUACAGCCCGUGUGGACUGUGAUUGGAGUUCAUUGAAUUGCUCAGCAGCUCCUUGA